ACCAGAGCAGCCCGGACGGCGCUCCGGCUUCCGUAGGGAGGACGGCCCUCCCAGCCCCGGAUGUUGAUAUUCCGCUGCCACCGGAAAGGGUGGCGGGCUGUCCGAGGGGGCGGGGGCGGCGUUGGCCGGUUCUCCGGAAGGAGACGUGGCGGCGGUUGGGCCCCCGGCUGCCCGGGCGCUCUCUCGUCCCGCCGCCUCCUCCUCCUCUCCGCUGAAGGCAGAGGGGGUUCGUGGCGGCGGCUGGAGAGAGCGGCGGCGGAGGAUGGAGGCAGGAGGCGGCGGCGCGCGGAGCCUGGUCCCCGGCGGGCCGGUGUUACUGGUCCUCUGCGGCCUCCUGCAGGCGUCCGGCGGCGGCCGAGCGCUUCCCCCGCUCAGCGACGAUAUCCCUUUCCGAGUCAACUGGCCCGGCACCGAGUUCUCUCUGCCCACAACUGGAGUUUUAUAUAAAGAAGAUAAUUAUGUCAUCAUGACAACUACACAUAAAGAAAAAUAUAAAUGUAUACUUCCCCUUGUGACAAGUGGAGAUGAGGAAGAAGAAAAGGAUUACAAAGGCCCUAAUCCGCGAGAGCUUUUGGAACCACUAUUUAAACAAAGCAGUUGUUCCUACAGAAUCGAGUCCUAUUGGACUUAUGAAGUAUGUCAUGGGAAACACAUUCGGCAAUACCAUGAAGAAAAAGAAACUGGUCAGAAAAUAAAUAUCCAUGAGUACUACCUGGGAAAUAUGUUGGCCAAGAACCUUCUGUCAGAGAAAGAACGAGAAGCAGAGGAAAAGGAAAAGUCAAACGAGAUUCCCACUAAAAAUAUCGAAGGUCAGAUGACACCCUACUACCCAGUGGGAAUGGGAAACGGUACACCUUGUAGCUUGAAACAGAACCGGCCCAGAUCAAGUACUGUGAUGUACAUAUGUCAUCCUGAAUCUAAGCAUGAAAUUCUCUCAGUAGCUGAAGUUACAACUUGUGAAUAUGAAGUUGUCAUUUUGACACCACUCUUGUGCAGUCAUCCUAAAUAUAGGUUCAGAGCAUCUCCUGUGAAUGACAUAUUUUGCCAGUCACUGCCAGGCUCGCCAUUUAAGCCCCUCACUCUGAGACAGUUGGAGCAGCAGGAAGAAAUAUUAAGGGUGCCUUUUAGGAGAAGUAAAGAGGAAGAUCUGCAGUCAACUAAAGAAGAAAAAUUUCCAGCAAUCCACAAACCCAUUGCUAUUGGCUCUCAGCCAAUGCUCACUGUCGGAACAACUCACAUAUCCAAGCUGACAGACGACCAGCUCAUUAAAGAGUUCCUUAGUGGUUCUUACUGCUUUCAUGGGGGUGUUGGUUGGUGGAAAUAUGAAUUCUGCUAUGGAAAACAUGUACAUCAAUAUCAUGAGGACAAGGAUAGUGGGAAAACCUCUGUGGUUGUGGGGACAUGGAACCAAGAAGAGCACAUUGAAUGGGCCAAGAAGAAUACUGCCAGAGCCUACCACCUUCAGGACGACGGCACCCAGACCGUCAGGAUGGUGUCCCAUUUUUAUGGGAAUGGAGACAUUUGUGAUAUAACUGACAAGCCAAGACAGGUGACAGUAAAGCUAAAGUGUAAAGAGUCUGAUUCUCCUCACGCCGUUACUGUAUAUAUGCUAGAGCCGCACUCUUGUCAGUAUAUUCUUGGGGUUGAAUCUCCAGUGAUCUGUAAAAUCUUAGAUACAGCAGAUGAAAAUGGACUUCUUUCUCUUCCCAACUGAAGGCUAUGAACACUGGGGGAACCGGAUCAUUGCGAGUCAAGAUGGUCUCUGUCUGACCAUAUGGCUCAUAGAGUUCUAAGCCAUUGGACCUCAUCUGAAGGAUCAUAUAAAAGGACUCUCAACCACUUUGUGAAUGUAUAUGUGUAUAUAAGAGGUUAUUGAUAAACUAAGGCUACAUUUUUCUCACCUUUUUUCAUCUUUUGUUGUGUGUUUUGAACUGUUUUUUUUUCUUUGCUUGAAUAAUGUGAUUCUGAAAUAAAUCUUAUCCAAGCAAUAUGGAGUCCAGCCUA